AUGGCCGCCGCCUUAGAUCUGAUCCAACAAUGUACACAAACCGCUCUGACGCGGCUACCCAUCCCGGCACAACAAUUGCUGCAGAACCCGAUCGCCCAGAAAGCUGCAGGCGCAGUGCUCGCCCUCGGAGUCUUGCGCUCAAUCAACAAUUCUCUCACACAAUGGACCGCUAACAACUGGGUCUCAAGUGAUCCAUGGAUCCCCUCCAAGGAGCUCAUCCUUUUGACGGGUGGAUGCAGUGGAAUUGGCAAGCAAGUCAUGGAGGACCUAUCGCGCACCGGGCUGCGUGUGAUCAUUCUGGACAUCAACGAGCCCAACUUCAAACUCCCCGCCAAUGUCACAUUCUACCGAGCCAACAUCACCAGCUCGGAGAAUAUCUCCGAGGUCGCCAAGACCAUCCGCAGCGACCAUGGCGAGCCGACGGUCUUGAUCAACAACGCCGGCGUCGGCCACGAUGGCACCAUUCUUGAGGAAACUGAGGCACAAAUCCGCAAUACAUUCGAAGUCAACACCAUCGCCCAUUUCCUCAUGGUGCGCGAGUUCCUCCCCGCUAUGAUCCGCGCCAACCACGGCCAUGUCAUCACGCUGGCCAGUAUGGCCAGCUUCGUCGCCCUGGGUGAAAUCGCCGACUACUGCUGCACCAAGGCCAGCGCCCUGGCUUUCCACGAAUCUCUGCGACAAGAGUUGCGCCUCUAUUAUAAGGCACCCAAAGUGCGCACAAGUAUCAUUCACCCGUUCUGGGUUCGCACCCCGAUGAUCACCAUUCUCACUGAUUACGAGAAGGAGUUCGGCCAGCCCAUCAUGUCCGUCAAGAUCGUAUCAGAUGCCAUCUGCAAGCAGAUCUUGACUCAGAACAGUGGACAGGUGAUCCUGCCCGCAUCCAAGACCGUUGCUCGCCUGGUGCGAGGUUUUCCGCUCUGGUUGCAGGAGUAUAUUCGUGGCAAGGAAUCCGAGAAGCUGAAGAUCACGCGCGAUGCCCAGAUCCGUGCGGAGCGUGAGGCUGCCAGCAAGAAAUUGUAA